CAUAAAGGUAACUUCCUUCAAAAUCAAAAUAUUUACUGGGAAUUCCCAAAUACUAUUUCCGGGUACAUGCCGUUCACUCUAAACUAAAAUGAUAUAAAGAUGACCGGUACAGUUAUUGAGACAUUGCGUGCAAUCAUUGUCUUUUCAUAAUACCAAUGAAAAUGGUGUAAAGAUGACAAUUCAGGUUAAAGAGACAUUGCGUGCAACGAUUGUUCUUUGCAUAAUAGUCAAGAUUUCUACGGUUGAUAACUAUGUCCAUUAUACAAUUGAUGGUAAUAGAAGAUUAUGUCUGCCAUAUUUGAAUUGUGAACCAGGCCAUGAAAUACAUCCCUGUACUAUAGAAUACAAACAAGAUAUAUGCACAUUAUGUCCAAAUGGUUUAAAGCAACCUGAUUUGAUAUCUUCAUCACCAAAGGGAAAUCCGAGCGAUACAAAAUGCUUUGCACCAUUCAAGAAAUGUGAUUCAGACGAAAUAAAGUAUAGCAGAAGCAAAAAGUCUGUAUUUUGCGAUUCGCUAGUCGGAUGUGAAUGUGAUACAACUAAGUGUUACUAUGGUGAUCCCUGUCUCUGUGACGACAAAAUAACAGAGUGUGGAAUCGGAGAAUAUCUGAAUAAAACUGGAGGAUGUGUAAAUUGUACAGAGGGAACAGAAAAAGCCGAAAAAGGUUGUGGACCCUGCAGAAGAUUCAAGUAUAUUUCUUACAGAGAUUCCAAAGGUGUACAGGAAGUACAGAGUUCAACAAAAAGAACAACAACACAGUUGAUUAAACUUAGUUUGUCUUUGUCCACCCCAUCACAAUCAUCUUUAGUUUCAGUUUAUCCCCAACAUAAUGACGAAUUGGACGAUACAGCAAUGAUAAUAAUCGUGGUUAUUCUCGGUGUAGCUGUUGUGGUUUUAAUCAUAGUUGCUGCGUAUAUGUGGAGAACACGUGAACAGUGCAUGUGCAGUUUUAAAAUGUGUUUAAAUCAUGGGCAUCAUGAUCCUGCAGUCCGACUACGGGAGCAAAUUCCUCUAAAUCAAGUAGAAAAUGGAAAUCAAGUUGAAAAGGGAGAUAUUCAAGAAACUGUAGAUAAUAGAACAACAGAGGGAGGUAAACCAACAGCCACUCCAACUGAUAAUAGAAAUUCAGAAAUAUAUCGGGAUCAGGCAUCCUCCAACCAGUGCGAAUAUCAAAAAGACAAUUCUAAUACAAAUACAAGUGAACAAUGUCAUAACAAUAAUUCGGUAUCUAGAUCAUCAAAGUCACCACAGGUAGAGAGCGUGACUGGUAAAUGUACGACUGAUAAAAAUUUGGCCUCAGGCAGAUAUAUGACAAUGAAUGCAUAGUUUAGGUAAAAGUCUGACAAUUCUCUUUAAUAUUUUUUUUUAUUGACCAUAAAAAGCCAUUUGUGUUAUAUUUGCUGAACCUUUGGUAUUUAAUCAUAUGCAAAGAUGGGUGGCUCUAUGAUGCCGAGGCCACGAUGUUGUAUAUAAUUUGAUUGUAUAUUGUACUGGUUGUGUUGUUUGACGAAACUUGCACUUUAAGAAUAUACAGAUCAUAACGAUCAUAAAGCAGUAAAAAUAUUAUGAAAUCGUUUAGCUAUUCGUGUUUUAAAUGUUCUUCCAAUUCAGUUUCAGUUUAAUGUUUUUUAACAACAAAUAGCUUUCCAAAAGCAGUAAGUGACAAAAACCUUUAAUAUAGAAAUGUAUAUAUGUUCAAUACUCAUUCUAUUGACAAUUACGAAACACAUAUGAUACCAUUAUAUUUCUUUUGUAUAUUGAUUCAACCAACCAUCUAUAUUGUUCGAUUAUGUCUCAAGUAUUCUGCUAAUUUUGUAUAUUUGUGGAUAUAUCAUGAUCUAUAUUUAUCUGAUUAACUAUGCUACUGUUGUUAGUAGAUAUAGUCUUCUCAAAGAAGGGUUGUUAGAUCUGAUUGAUAUAGAAUUAAUGAUUAAAUAAUAAAGAACUUUUUCUCAUGGUGUUCAAAAAAGAGCAAUAAGUUUUAACAGAACAGGUAUAGUGUCAAUAUCUUAUUUUUUUUAUAGAUGCAGUAACACUUUCAGCAAAUAUUUUGUAAUUAUGAAGUUUAAAUGAAAUUCUUUAUGCGACCAUUGUUGUUACAUCAAAUUGAUACCUUAAUAACGAUGUGUAUGAUAAUAUGAAUCGCUGUGCUAUCUUGU